AUGGCCGCCGUCGCCGCCGCCAACCUCCGUUCCGCCUCCCCCCUCCCAGCCGACAAUUCGCAGAGCAGCGAAGCUCCUCCCGCCAUUUCUAGCGAUCUCCCAGUUCGGGUGACGGCGCCCGGUUGUCUUGCUCCCCCGCGACGGGGAAACCGAUCGUCGCGCCAGAACGGGGUCUUCGACCCGAGAAAGGCGAUGGAUCAAGUUGCGCGACGGAAGAUCUUUACCUCGGGGGCGGACCAGGUCACCAAGAGACCCCCGCCAAGGUUGAAUGUCGCGGUCGUGGUGUCUUGGCCCGCGCCGGGACGCGGUUUCAAGGACGUACACGGCUCCGAUACCGACGUCAUGGCCGUGAUCUCUCGAACAGCGAGAGAUCAUGAGGCCAUGAUUGAGGUGGAGGAUGUCGACUCUGCCGUCACCGUCACCGUCAAGGCGACGAACCGAGCGAAGGCCGCAAAAGUCAUCGCACUCCUUCGGACCCAGCUCCUACACCGACCGGAGGAGGAGCUGUGGCGUGCCCGGCUACUGGUCAACCCCCCGACCAACAAUAACAAGGACCUCCUAACGGUGGUUCUUCAGUCCAAGGAGGGUACUACUGGUCGGUGCAUUACCGCCGCAAAGAUUAAGAACCUCGGUAGCACCGAUAUAGGCGGCGUCGCCGAAAAGAAGGCCAGGUAUAAGGCCGAUCUGGCGAAGACUCUAGACAAGGCGACGGAAGGUCUGCGUCAUGAACCCAACGGUAUGUACAUGAAGGUGCAAUUCGGUACCCUCAUUCUCAAUGAGUGGAAGAAAGAUAAGGUGGAGUACAACUUUGCCGAGUUGCAAGCCCUACUUCGCAGUGCCGGAACGAGGGGCACUUCCAAGAUGCUCAAUAUAGUCAGCGAGGCUGCUGUGGAGGCACUCAUCGGUCGGCUUUCCAAGGCCAACAUGGAGUUGCCCGAGCACGUGAGGGACUUCUUCGAGGGCCCCAAUGGCGAACAGGGUGAUCCGGUUCGGUCUCACUCCAUCAUCCUGGAAACCAAGAACCUCACCGUCGAGUCGACCUUUGAACCGGUGGCAGGGCAACAAGACAGGGCUCAGAACGGCAAACGGGGGAAGCGGUAUACCCUUGGCCCGUUAACGACCCAUCAACUCGAGAAGCAGCACCGGGCGACGGAGGUUAUCACCGUUUGCCCAGAGAGCAUACACGACUGGGGAUUCGAGAUUCGGAAAAAGGCUGCAGAGCAGGUCACUCCGCCGUCGGCGCCCUUCAAGGUCGAGGCCUUACAAAAGAACGUCAUGUUCAAGGGAGGGUCGUUGGGUGAAGGUUUCCCUAACAUUUCCAUCAACGACUACUUUCUCCAGAAUAACCACAUCAACCAUGUUCACGGCAAAACGACCCUACGAUAUACACUCGGCUGGAAGUACACGCUGGACAUCAACUUGUUUCACGCGUGGCAGUCGAAGAAACCUGGGCAGAACGCCGGGACCAUGGUCACCACUGCCAGCGUGGCGCUUUUUAGCGAUAUCUGGGACGAUGACAUGCGUGCGAACGUGCGCACUCCUCGGGAGUGGGAGAACACCUUCGCCAAGCAGUUCCUGAAGCACGAGCAAGAGGACCAAGCUCCCGGUGACACGGCGGCGGAGUCUAUGGAUCACCUACUCGCGUGGGUCGACUGGAUCCGUAAAGCGCUCGACAGCGCUUAA